CUAUGAGGUCGUUUUGUUGUUAGGGGUGCACAGACACAAACGACAGGGACUAGAACGCUUUUUGUUCCUGCACUCCACGACCAAACCGGUCGCCGCUUGAAGCGUAGUAGUUGCCUCAAAUAUAUUCAGUUAUAGGUUACGAGCUUGCUUCUUUUCACAAUAUAUAUCCUACCUUUAUUUGUCUGCGCCUGCCAUCAUCGCAGAAUACUUCGGCAGAACUAGCUAAAGCAGGCGAAACACAUGCCGCGUAGCAUAUGGAAGGGUCCGUAUGUGGCCGUUAACCUUCUUCAAGAUGUGGUGGCGUUAGCGCGAAAGCAUCCCGAGUGGUGGAACAAGGGACGCUUCCAAGGGCAGAAGGCCCCCGAGGUGAUUAACACCUACAGCAGGGCAUCCGUCAUCCUGCCAGACUUCCUAUCUUGCCGAUUUGGAAUCCAUAAUGGCAAGAGCUUCGUCAAUAUUGAGGUGCAAGAGGCGAUGGUUGGCCACCGGUUAGGGGAGUUUGCGCCGACAAAGGGGACUCCGCAGCACAAGGUCAAGGAUGCGGGAACGAAUAAGAAGAAGAUCAACCCCAAGACCGGCAAGUCCUAGUAGGACCCGGUGGGUCGGACAUACCCGCGCAGCUAGGGUAGUGCAUUUAUAUGGCGUAUGCAUGAAGUGGCCGGAGGAGAGGUAUGGGCUGGGGUCACGCUGGGUGGCCUUUGCGGAAGAGAAGUUGGAAAGGCUAAUGGUAGAGGUUACGGACUUGCGACUGCUUGGUACGCUAAGACGGUGCCUAUGAGAACGGUAGAGAGGCUAAAGGGAGCAGGCGCGUUGUGGGGCUGGACACGCAUGGAUUUGGCAACGGAACUAUGGGCGCAAUUAAUGCUUUGCCCUCAUUGUAACUGUCUGCAAGGUU